CAAUUUCGGACGGACAGCGCAUGCGUAGUGAUACAGAGCCGAUUACACUCGUCCCCCAGAAUUAGAUUUGAAAGACAAAAUGACAAGCGAAGAAGAGGCUUCGAAAAAAAAGCCCUUCAAGUUACUAGGAAUCCUAGAUGUUCAGAACAUUCCAUGCGCCAGAGAGUCGAUUCUGCAGGGUGCUGCUGGAUCUCUAGUCGCUGGCUUUGGAUACUUUUUAGCAACAAGCAGAGUACGGAGAUCGUUUGAUGUGGGUAUGAUAGGAUUCACUCUUACAACCCUGGUAUCUUGGUUCCAUUGUAGAUACAACAACGCCAAGCUCCGCAUACAGCAAAGGCUAAUCCAAGAUGGUUUGCAGAACAAGGUGGUAUAUGAAGGCACGGGUCUGGACCCAUCUCAGAAACCGAGCAGGGGCUCUUCAGGGAGCUCAUAAAUGGACCAGCCUUCCUGAGAUGUUCUUAAAGUGCCAACCUUCCCAUCACGGCACAGCAAAGUCUUCAUGUGCUUCCUUUUGUGUUGUUUACUUAUUGUCCUUAGAGGACAUAUGUUUGAAUGUUUAAAUGAAAUGUUUGAGUAUACAAUGAUUAAAUUUUUAUUUAUUGGA